AUAAAAAAAAAAAUCCAAACUUUUACAGCACUCUCUCUUUUUUAUUACACCCCAUCAUUUAAAUCAUCACUAAAGAUUUAUUAUGUGAUGUUGUAUUAAAUCUUUAAUUUGAAGUGGGGGGUUUUUGUGUGUGAUAUAGAGAUACAAAAUAAAUGAUGUAAAUAUAUAUAUAUAUAUGUAUAGAUAUAGAUAGUACUGGAAAUAAUGAUGGAGAUGAUAUUAAUGAUUAUAGUUGUAGCGUUUGGAAAUUUGCAUUUUGUAGCUCCUGAUGCUCAAGGGGAUGCACUCUUUGAUUUAAGAAGUACACUUAAGGCUUCACCUGAUCAACUUACAGACUGGAACCAGAAUCAAGUUAAUCCAUGUACUUGGUCUAAAGUUAGCUGUGAUGCCGAUAACAAUGUUUUCUCUGUGUCUAUGUCAUUCAUGGGAUUUACUGGAACAUUGUCACCAAGAAUACGAGUACUGUCAAAGCUUACCAUACUUUCAUUACAGGGGAAUCAAAUAACAGGCGGCAUACCAGAAGAGUAUGGGAACUUGACUAGCUUGACAAUGUUGGAUUUGGAAAGCAAUCGUUUAACUGGGCAGAUACCAUCUUCACUUGGAAAUCUAAAAAAUCUUCAGUUUUUGAUCUUAAGCCAAAACAAUCUCGAAGGGCCCAUCCCAGACUCACUUUCAAGUCUGCAAAAUUUGACUAGCAUUUUACUUGGUUUCAACAAUCUCAGUGGUCAAAUUCCAGAUCAGUUAUUUCAGGUCUCUAAAUUCAAUUUCACAGGGAAUGGAUUGAACUGUGGCUUUAAUAAUACCCGUUCUUGCACAUCUAGUUCUGGAGAUGCUUCAAAGAAAUCAAAGACAGGGCUGAUAGUUGGGGUUAUUGCUGGAGUUGUCGUUCUUCUUUUGCUUGGAUGCUUGAUGCUGUUUUUGUGGAGAGCUAGGCACAAAGGUUACAAGCGAGAGGUCUUUGUUGAUGUUGCAGGGGAAGUUGACCGAAGAAUUGCAUUUGGUCAGCUCAAGCGUUUUGCAUGGAGAGAGCUGCAGCUUGCUACAGAUAACUUCAAUGAGAGAAACGUUCUUGGACAAGGAGGUUUCGGGAAGGUUUAUAAAGGAGUUUUAGGAGACAAUACAAAAGUUGCUGUGAAACGGUUAACUGAUUACGAAAGUCCGGGUGGGGAUGCAGCAUUCCAACGUGAAGUCGAGAUGAUAAGUGUGGCUGUGCAUAGGAAUCUUUUACGUCUCAUUGGCUUUUGCACCACACCUACUGAACGUUUGUUGGUGUAUCCCUACAUGCAGAACUUAAGUGUUGCCUAUCGGUUACGAGAACUUAAACCUGGAGAGGCUGUUCUGGAUUGGGUUACAAGGAAGCGGGUAGCUUUAGGCACUGCUCGUGGACUGGAAUAUCUUCAUGAACAUUGCAAUCCUAAAAUUAUCCACAGGGAUGUUAAGGCAGCUAAUGUAUUGCUCGAUGAAGAUUUUGAAGCCGUCGUAGGUGACUUUGGAUUGGCAAAGUUGGUUGAUGUUAGAAAAACUAAUGUGACAACUCAAGUUCGGGGGACAAUGGGUCAUAUAGCUCCAGAAUAUCUGUCUACCGGAAAGUCAUCAGAAAGAACAGAUAUUUUUGGCUAUGGGAUCAUGCUUCUAGAAAUAGUAACUGGACAACGGGCCAUAGAUUUUUCACGACUUGAAGAAGAAGAUGAUGUGUUGUUGCUUGACCAUGUCAAAAAACUAGAAAGGGAAAAGAGGUUGGAUGCUAUUGUUGACCGCAAUCUAAAUAAGAACUACGACAUGCAAGAAGUGGAGAUGAUGAUUAAGGUAGCAUUAUUGUGUACCCAAGGGUCUCCAGAGGACCGACCAGCAAUGUCAGAGGUAGUGCGAAUGCUGGAAGGAGAAGGCCUUGCAGAACGGUGGGAAGAAUGGCAAAAUGUUGAAGUUAAUCGUAGGCAUGAGUAUGAUCGGUUACAAAGAAGAUUUGACUGGGGAGAAGACUCGAUUUAUAAUCAAGAUGCUAUAGAGCUAUCUGGUGGAAGAUGAAGUUCGAUCACCAUUUGGGUACGUAAGAAGAUGGUAAAAUGAAUUUCGAUGAAAACACUUGUAUGUAACCUGUAACAAAUUAGAAUGGGCUAUGUUCUGGGGAGAAUCUCAUCUUUGUGGCUUGAAGAGGGAAGGUCAAGUAAGUUGGAACAAAACGAUCAUCCAUAUAAACUGAAGAGUUCAAGACCUACUCAAUGGGUAGAGUGGUUUUCAAUUGCAAAUUUGAUCUCGUUUUGUUACACAUUCAAGUUUUAACCCAAUGUUUCUACUUUUGGAAUGCAAUUUACCUUGUGAGUUUAGCUGAGGGUAAAGUCGAAAAUGUAUAUCGUAUAUCUGUAUCGAGUACGAGAUUCUUUUAACUAUAUCUGUGUUCUUAAGUGUGUAAGCUCUUAGUAAAUUUUGACACUCGGUUUACUGUAAAAGAUAUGGAUUUUGAUGUUUGUUGUU